UCAUUCUCUUCUCACUUUUGUUGUAACCUAACAAAGCUUUCAACUUUUUCUCUCACGUUUCAUACCAACAAACAAUUUUCUCCAAUUAGAGAAAGGGGUAGAACUUAGAACAAGUAGAAGCUUGAAUCAACGGUGAGGAUUCAUUUGGAGAGGUUUUUGCAGGAUUGAAAUAACAACCUCUUGUUUUCUGGGAUUCCACUCCAUUUUCUAUCUUGAAAAAAGCUGUUAUUAUGCACUUGAUUAAGCAUGAUCAAUGGAUCUUAUAGAUUGAGAGGGUUCUGUGAUUCUGAGCUGAAGAUUAGUGUUUGGUGAAGUGGAGAGUCAAGGUAGCUUUUGUGUCAUAAAUUAAUUACCUUUUGGAUCAAGAAGGUGGGUCCAAUUUUGUGAAAAAAGUUGUUGAUUCUGUUUCUAGCUUUCUAGUGGAGAGGUUGAAGGCUAGGACCUGAAAUUUGUAGAUCUGUGUGUGAGGGAGGAGAGUGAUAUUCAGUGGUGAAGUUGAAGAAAGUUUGGCACUUGUGAAGAGGGAGAAGAAGAUUUUCACCAGUGCUUUCUGCAGCUAUGGCGAUUCAAGAUCAAAAUGGAUUUACUAGAUCACUAGUUAGCCCUCCAGUAGGAAGUGGAGUUGUAUCUUUGAGUUCUGGAUCGCAUUCUGCAACUCAUAUUCAACUCGAUGAUCCGUUAUCUUGCGGGAAUGACUAUGCUCUGAAGGCAAGGAAACCAUAUACCAUUACUAAACAGAGAGAGAGGUGGACAGAUGAAGAACAUAACAAGUUCCUUGAAGCUUUAAAGCUGUAUGGCCGGGCCUGGCGACGCAUUGAAGAACAUAUUGGCACAAAGACUGCUGUGCAGAUUCGAAGUCAUGCUCAGAAGUUUUUUUCUAAGGUUCUUCGUGACUCUAGUGGGAAAAUUACGAGCACUGAGGAUUCAAUUGAGAUUCCUCCUCCAAGACCAAAACGAAAGCCGAUGCAUCCUUACCCUCGUAAGCUUGCUACCCCUAGAAAAGAAAUUUCGAUCCCUAGAAAAGAGAUUUCGAUCCCAGAAAAGAGAAUGAAGUCGAAUUCUCUGAAGUCAUUGGAUUUUGAUCAAGAAAACCAAUCCCCCAAAUCAGUGCUAUCUGCAGUUGGUUCCGAAAGCCUUGGGUCCUCUGAUUCAGACACACCAAAUGGAAGUUUAUCCCCGGUAUCAUCCAUUAGUCGUGUCCACACAAGUGGUUUUACACUUGCUGAAUCCAGAACACCAUGUGAGGAAGCUUCAUUGAAUGCUGAUUCCGUUCAUGAUGAGAAAACUCUUAUGAAAUUCGAAAGUUUUUCUGCGAAAGAAGAUGCAGCAGAAGAAUCAUCCAGUCGAACACUCAAACUUUUUGGGACAACUCUAUUUGUAACUGAUGAGGCAUGCAAACCAUCUUCUCCAAUAAUUGAGGCAUGCAAACCAAUACCUCUCGACGUACGUGCCCAUUGCCUUAGCGAGGGGCAUACAAAAUUGGAACUUGUUGGCAACAGUGCACUAAAUGAAACAUCAACCAUAUCCCAACUAAGGGUGAGAGUGAGAACUGCAUCAUGUGGGAAAGGUUUUGUGCCAUAUAAAAGGUGCAUGCCACAGACCGAAAACCAAUCUUCAUCUGUAACAGCUGAUGACAGAGAAGAGCAAUGCAUCCAACUUUCAUUAUAGCUGACCAGAAUGCGUUUUUCUUCAAAGCAGUUUUCCCUUUGAGAUAGACUACUAGAAUGUUUGGAUCAUCGGUCCUUUUAUCAUACUUAAUUUUGAAAUCCAGAAGCUACUGAUUCUGACUUCAGAACGUAGAAGGUUUCCAAACAUUGAGCUACAGCUGUUUCAACUUGAGAGGGAGGGAGGAGGAAAAAAGGGGGAGCUGAAAAUUUUGACAUUUCUGAAGCGUUGUAAAGCUGUUCAAACUUCAAAUCCAGCAACCUGCCUUUUGUAUAUUUUUACAUUUUCAACUGUGAAUUGUCUAGUGGUUUUUGUUUUUCAACUUUCUCCUCAGUUGCAGAAAUGCUAGUGACACUUUUCACAGAUUCUUUUCAACACACCAAAUAUGGAAUGAGACUUGCAUGAUGACUGAUGAGUGUGUUGAAGAAAGUUUGUUGAAUAUGAUGGAAUUACUCCCAACAUUGCUUCUUUUUGUGGAUUUAGAGAGGGAGAAUCAUUGGCAGCGGACAUAUUUGGGGGCAGAAUAAAACCUUGGGAGUGAAUGUUGUAUUGGAAGAAUAAUGUUAUUAAUAUACAAUGUUAUUAAUUGCGGAUGAA